AUGACAGUAGGCGAUAUCAAAACUCCGACAUCGAAAAAGAAGCUGAAACAGGGAUGGGACAACCCAAAACAUUUCACCGAUUUGAUUAGAUAUUUUUUUAUUCCAGAGGACUUGGUCUAUAAUGAGGAGCCUACUUCAGUUAUAAAGACUGCAACGAAAUUGAAAAGGGUAGGGAUAACUUUUGAGCCGGUUUCAGAUAGAUGCUUACUUGGUGCCAAGUUCUUGAAAUUACCAAUUCUUCAUUGGUUGGGUUUCUUAGUCUUUGGACUAAAAUGGUUCAAAGCUUGUUUGCAAAUUCCAAAAUUGAAAGUGGAUGGCUCAACAGAAUCUGUGCUACGCAACUUAAUGGGCUUUGAGCAAUGUCACUAUCCUAAACAUCAUUAUGUAUGCAGCUAUGUUGCUCUAAUUGGUGAUCUCGUUCACACAGAAAAGGAUGUGGAUGUGCUGGUUGAGCGUAAAGUUAUUGUCCAUGAACAGGGGAGCGACAAAGAUUUGGCUGGCAUGAUUUAUGUUCUUUGCAAAAACAUUGUUUCAAAUGCCACUUAUUAUGCCACUCUUUCGAGGAGGUUGAAUGAGCACUACUAUAGCCAUUUUAACAGAACUCUUACCAAUUUGGGUUGA